AUGGCUGAGAAGAAUUCUUGCUGUGAAGAUGAACAGCCUUCAGUCACGCAUCAAAGAACCUCCGAAUUAAGCGAUGUUCACGUCAAGCCGAUCUCAAAUGGCGGCUUGCAAGCUUGGCUCGGCGUUCUUGCAGGGUUUUGCGUGUUUGUCAACUCCUGGGGAAUACUCACUACCUUUGGCGCAUUCCAGGAAUACUACAAAACAGAACUCCUCUCGGACUUGUCUCCAUCAACAAUAUCUUGGAUCGGAAGUAUUCAAGCAACGCUAAUUCCAAUGGUUGGAAUUGUUUCUGGUCCGUUGGUGGACUCGGGACAUCUACGCCCGCUAAUGAUAUCCGGUUCUUUCUUGACGGUCUUUGGAUUAAUGAUGACCAGUCUUGCCCGAGAGUACUACCAAGUUCUUCUUGCCCAAGGCUUCUGCGUCGGCAUCGGCGGUGGAAUUUCCUACAUUCCAGCGUUAGCCGUGAUCUCGACAAGCUUUACAACGAGACGCCCAAUUGCAAUUGGCAUUGCGUCCAUUGGAUCAAGUGUUGGAGCGGUCAUCUUCCCAGUGAUGUUUCGCCAGUUACAGCCUAGAAUCGGAUUUUCAUGGGCCGUUCGCUGUAUUGGCUUCGUCAGUCUGCUCAUGGCAAUCAUCGCAUGCGUCAUAUUGUGUUGCCGACCAGUUCCUAGGAUGCGUGCACGAAGCUUGGUUGACUGGCAAGCCUUUCGUGAACCAUCGUUUAUGUUCUUCUCUGUCUCGCUCACGCUCGUUAUGCUUGCAUACUACGUGCCCAUAUUCUACGUCGCUUCUUACGCAAGGACUGUGGUACACACAACGACAAGUUUUUCAUUUUACAUGGUAGCUAUUGUCAACGGAUCUUCUGUAUUUGGUCGUGUUGUACCCUAUCUACUCGUUGCCUAUGUCAAGCCAAUCGCUAUCCUCAUGACAUGCGUUAUGGCCUCGGCAAUCGCCAUGUUUGCCUGGAUUGCCGCAAGGGAGACCGCGGGCUUCAUUGUUUGGGCUUGCUAUUGGGGUAUUCUGAGCGGGGUUCUUGUGACAGCGCCGACUUCUAUUGUUGCGCAUCCUGUCUUUUGUCCUAAUGUGAAUUGUAUGGGUACCCGGUUGGGUAUGAUGUGGGGUAUCUCUUCGUUUGGUGCCCUUGCAGGAACACCCAUUGCCGGGGCACUUGUCAAUCUUGACACAGCUAAUUUCCUGCGGGCUCAGGUGUUUGCUGGGCUUAUGAUGGUAGGAGCGCUACUCUUACAGCUAUGGCCUGGAUAUAAGGUGUUCUGCCACGAUCGCAACCAUGCCCAAGGACAAACAUGA